GACAGAGGACCUAUUCUAAAGUUACCAGUGCAUCUCAGAACAGAAAGUCUGUUGCAGCAGCUUUGAACCUGCACAGAGAGCCCUGCUGUAGCAUCCUCAGCCCUUUUAUUGGCAAAAUGUUGUAAUUUCUGCCCGCAGAUAAGAGAAGGGCCACAUUCACGUUGGCUCGUGGGCCUUUAUAAAGAGGAGGAGAGGUUUAGUCCGUUACUAGCUUGGAUGGAUCGACAACUCUGAGAUCCUCUAACCCUCUCAGGAAAGAGUUUGCCCUUUCGAUCCUGGAGAAGAUGCAAGCGCAGGAGAUCUUGCGGAGCCUGCGGCUGCCCGAGUUCAAUGACUUCAGCCAGUUCUUCCGCAGCUUGCCGGCCACCACGCUGGUGGGCAUCGGGGCCUUCGCUGCUCUCCUGGCCUACUGGUUUGCUAGCCGGCCCAAAGCUCUGAAGCCACCCUGUGACCUCCUGAUGCAGUCUAAAGAGGUGGAGGGCUGCGAUGGAGCAAGGAGAUCCGUGAUAGGAGGUAGCCCUAAGCUGCUCACUCACUACUACGAUGAUGCUCGCACCAUGUACGAAGUUUUCAGACGGGGAUUGGACAUUUCUGAGAAUGGCCCCUGUCUAGGGUCCAGAAGACCCAAGCAGCCUUAUCAGUGGUUAUCCUACAAAGAGGUGGCUAAAAGGGCAGAAUUCUUGGGAUCAGGACUGCUUCACCAUGGCUGUAAACCGUCGUCCGAUCAGUUUAUCGGCGUCUUUGCACAGAACCGGCCAGAGUGGAUCAUUUCUGAGUUGGCUUGUUAUACCUACUCCAUGGUGGUGGUGCCUCUGUACGACACACUGGGGCCUGGAGCCAUUCGCUACAUUAUUAACACAGCUGAUAUCGCCACCGUCAUCUGUGACAAGCCAGAGAAGGCCACCCUUCUCCUAGAACAUGUGGAAAGAAAGGACACUCCAGGCCUGAAAUUCAUUAUCCUCAUCAAUGCAUUUGGGAAUGACUUGAAGGAGCGAGGGAAAAAAUGUGGCGUGCUCAUCCAGUCUAUGCAGGAAGUCGAGGAUAUUGGAAGAGAGAACCAUCAGGCUCCUGUGCCUCCCCGGCCAGAAGACCUGUCGAUUGUGUGUUUCACCAGUGGCACUACAGGAAACCCCAAAGGUGCGAUGCUAACCCAUGGAAAUGUCGUUGCUGAUUUUUCAGGCUUUUUGAAAGUGACAGAGAAAGUGAUCUUUCCGAGACAGGACGAUGUGCUCAUCUCCUUCCUGCCUCUGGCUCACAUGUUUGAAAGAGUUAUACAGUCCGUGGUCUAUUGCCAUGGGGGACGAGUUGGAUUCUUUCAAGGUGAUAUUCGUCUUUUAUCUGAUGAUAUGAAAGCCCUGCGUCCCACCAUUUUUCCAGUUGUCCCAAGACUAUUGAACCGAAUGUAUGACAAGAUCUUCAGCCAGGCUGAUACGCCUUUAAAACGUUGGCUUCUAGAAUUUGCAGCAAAACGUAAAAAGGCCGAGGUUCGGAGUGGAAUCAUUAGAAAUGACAGUAUAUGGGAUGAACUUUUCUUUAAUAAGAUUCAGGCAAGCCUCGGGGGCUGUGUUAGGAUGAUCGUCACCGGAGCGGCUCCCGCAUCUCCUACUGUCCUCGGUUUCCUUCGGGCAGCCUUGGGGUGCCAAGUUUAUGAAGGUUAUGGCCAAACUGAGUGUACAGCUGGAUGCACUUUUACUACUCCAGGUGACUGGACAUCAGGUCAUGUUGGGGCUCCUUUGCCCUGUAAUUUCAUCAAGUUGACAGAUGUGGAAGAACUGAACUAUUUUGCUUCCAAAGGAGAGGGAGAGAUAUGCGUCAAGGGACCAAAUGUUUUCAAGGGUUAUUUGAAAGAUGAUGAGAAGACUACUGAGGCUCUGGACCAGGAAGGCUGGCUUCACACAGGAGACAUCGGAAAGUGGUUACCGACUGGAACUCUUAAAAUUAUUGAUCGAAAAAAACACAUAUUUAAACUUGCCCAGGGGGAAUAUAUUGCCCCAGAAAAAAUUGAGAAUAUCUACAUCCGAAGUGAACCAGUUGCUCAGGUUUACGUCCAUGGGGACAGCUUACAGGCUUUUUUAGUGGGCAUUGUUGUACCUGACGCUGAAGUCUUGCCAGGUUGGGCAAAGAAGAGAGGCCUUGAAGGAGCAUAUGCAGAACUCUGUGAAGAUAAGGAACUGAAGCAAGCUAUAAUGGAUGACAUGGUGAGGUUAGGAAAAGAAAGUGGACUUCAUUCUUUUGAACAGGUUAAAGCUAUUUACAUCCACUCUGACAUGUUUUCAGUGCAAAAUGGCUUACUGACACCAACAUUAAAGGCUAAGCGACCAGAACUGAGAGAUUACUUCAAAAAACAAAUAGAAGAGCUUUAUUCAACCUCCAUGUGAAGUUCAAGACAAGUUCUGAAUAUUGGACUCUGUAGCAAUAUGAAAGUUUUCUUGAAAGUACAGAGACAGAAGGAUGAAAUUGAAAUGAAUAGCCUGAGCUUUUUGUCCCAAGAAGUCUUUAACAAUAUUUUUCUCUGUCAUCACUGAAUACCUGUUAUUUUUAUUGAAUUGACAAUCUAGCAGGCUGCUAAAAUAUGGCAAAUGAUAAUGUAAAGAUGUAUGAAAAACAAGAUCUUCACAAGUACAGUGCUCCAUAAAAAGUAAUAUAUAUCUUCAUGUUCCAAGAUACUGAUUAAACAUAAAAGACAAACAUAA